GAAUAAUUAAAAUUAUUAAAUGGAUAGUUGCACGAGUGGGAAUUAAGCAACAAUAUUAAACACAAUUCAUCUAGAUUGAUCGCGAAAACUCUCUCUUCCAUGGAAAUGCCCGGUAGAAGAUCUAAUUACACUUUGCUUAGUCAAUUUUCUGACGAUCAGGUCUCAGUUUCCGUCACCGGAGCUCCUCCGCCUCACUAUGAUUCCUUGUCAAGCGAAAACAGGAGCAACAAUAACAGCGGGAACAACGGGAAAACUAAGGCGGAGAGAAGCGGAUUUGAUUGGGAUCCUAGCGGUGGUGGUGGUGGUGGUGAUCAUAGGUUGAGUAAUCAGCCGAAUCGGGUUGGGAAUAAUAUGUAUGCUUCGUCUCUUGGCUUGCAGAGGCAAUCGAGUGGGAGUAGUUUCGGUGAGAGCUCUUUGUCUGGGGAUUAUUAUAUGCCUACGCUUUCUGCGGCGGCUAACGAGAUCGAAUCUGUUGGAUUCCCUCAAGAUGAUGGGUUUAGGCUUGGAUUUGGUGGUGGUGGAGGAGAUUUGAGGAUACAGAUGGCGGGGGAAUCGGCUGGAGGGUCUUCAUCCGGGAAGAGCUGGGCGCAGCAGACGGAGGAGAGUUAUCAGCUGCAGCUUGCAUUGGCGUUACGGCUUUCUUCGGAGGCUACUUGUGCCGACGAUCCGAACUUUCUGGAUCCUGUACCGGACGAGUCUGCUUUGCGGACUUCGCCAAGUUCAGCCGAAACCGUUUCACAUCGAUUCUGGGUUAAUGGCUGCUUAUCGUACUAUGAUAAAGUUCCUGAUGGGUUUUAUAUGAUGAAUGGUCUGGAUCCAUAUAUUUGGACCUUAUGCAUCGAUCUGCAUGAAAGUGGCCGCAUCCCUUCAAUUGAAUCAUUAAGAGCUGUUGAUUCUGGUGUUGAUUCUUCGCUUGAAGCAAUCAUAGUUGAUAGGCGUAGUGAUCCAGCCUUCAAGGAACUUCACAAUAGAGUCCACGACAUAUCUUGUAGCUGCAUUACCACAAAAGAGGUUGUUGAUCAGCUGGCAAAGCUUAUCUGCAAUCGUAUGGGGGGUCCAGUUAUCAUGGGGGAAGAUGAGUUGGUUCCCAUGUGGAAGGAGUGCAUUGAUGGUCUAAAAGAAAUCUUCAAAGUGGUGGUUCCCAUAGGUAGCCUCUCUGUUGGACUCUGCAGACAUCGAGCUUUACUCUUCAAAGUGUUGGCUGACAUAAUUGAUUUACCCUGUCGAAUUGCAAAGGGAUGCAAAUAUUGUAAUAGAGAUGAUGCCGCAUCGUGCCUUGUCAGGUUUGGGCUUGAUAGGGAGUACCUGGUUGAUUUAGUAGGGAAGCCAGGUCACUUAUGGGAGCCUGAUUCCUUGCUAAAUGGUCCUUCAUCUAUCUCAAUUUCUUCACCUUUGCGGUUUCCAAGACCCAAGCCAGUUGAACCCGCAGUCGAUUUUAGGUUACUAGCCAAACAAUAUUUCUCCGACAGCCAGUCUCUUAAUCUUGUUUUCGAUCCUGCAUCAGAUGAUAUGGGAUUCUCAAUGUUUCAUAGGCAAUAUGAUAAUCCGGGUGGAGAGAAUGACGCAUUGGCAGAAAAUGGUGGUGGGUCUUUGCCACCCAGUGCUAAUAUGCCUCCACAGAACAUGAUGCGUGCUUCAAAUCAAGUAGAAGCAGUACCUAUGAAUGCCCCACCAAUCACUCAGCCAGUUCCGAACAGGGCAAAUAGGGAACUUGGACUUGAUGGUGAUGAUAUGGAUAUCCCGUGGUGUGAUCUUAACAUAAAAGAGAAGAUUGGAGCAGGUUCCUUUGGCACUGUCCACCGUGCUGAGUGGCAUGGCUCGGAUGUUGCUGUGAAAAUUCUCAUGGAGCAAGACUUCCAUGCUGAGCGCGUCAAUGAGUUCUUAAGAGAGGUUGCAAUAAUGAAACGCCUUCGCCACCCUAACAUUGUUCUCUUCAUGGGUGCGGUCACUCAACCUCCAAAUUUGUCAAUAGUGACAGAAUAUUUGUCAAGAGGUAGUUUAUACAGACUUUUGCAUAAAAGUGGAGCAAGGGAGCAAUUAGAUGAGAGACGUCGCCUGAGUAUGGCUUAUGAUGUGGCUAAGGGAAUGAAUUAUCUUCACAAUCGCAAUCCUCCAAUUGUGCAUAGAGAUCUAAAAUCUCCAAACUUGUUGGUUGACAAAAAAUAUACAGUCAAGGUUUGUGAUUUUGGUCUCUCGCGAUUGAAGGCCAGCACGUUUCUUUCAUCGAAGUCAGCAGCUGGAACCCCCGAGUGGAUGGCACCAGAAGUCCUGCGAGAUGAGCCAUCUAAUGAAAAGUCAGAUGUGUACAGCUUCGGGGUCAUCUUGUGGGAGCUUGCUACAUUGCAACAACCAUGGGGUAACCUAAAUCCGGCCCAGGUUGUAGCUGCGGUUGGUUUCAAGUGUAAACGGCUUGAGAUCCCCCGGAAUCUGAAUCCUCAGGUUGCAGCCAUAAUCGAGGGUUGUUGGACCAAUGAGCCAUGGAAGCGUCCAUCAUUUGCAACUAUAAUGGACUUGUUAAGACCAUUGAUCAAAUCAGCAGUUCCUCCACCCAACCGCUCGGAUUUGUAAAAUCCCCCGGUCCAAAGUUGUCAUAAUCAUGAUAUGCACAUACUCUCAGCAUUCUUUUGCUGCCCAGGAGGGAGACACUAGUUAAGAUAGCUGUUAAGGAAGGAAAAAAAAAAUGUAGUAAUGGAAACAGUGUGGGAGAUAAUCUAUAUCUAUCUAGUCCCAAAAGGGUAAGCAAUAUUUUGUUGAUAUAUCUAGUAGUAAUGCACUUAAAGGUAUUUUUAAUUGCCUUCUACAUUUAUACUAAGCGAAGCUACUGUCAAGGGUUUUGCAAACUCAAUAUGAUUCAUUGGAUACACAUAUUUGUUCACUGUGGAAUUACCCAUGCGAUUAGUCUGGACUUAAACUAGUAAUCAAGUCUCUUAAAAUGA